AGUCAUUUCUCUGCAGCUACCUGCUUUAGCAGAUUUAUCUUUACUCUUUUGUCUCAAAUUUGAGUUGGCGCAGCCCUUAAAAACAAGAUGGUGUGUCAAAAGCUACUUGUUCUCUUUAUGCCCUCGCUGACAAUUUGGACGCGCGACCCAGGCUGCCGCUCAGGUUAUCUCGAACUCCGGUCAUGAAGAUAUGAUUCACGAUGCCGGCCUGGAUUACUACGGCCGCAGGCUAGCAACAUGUUCAUCGGACAAGACGAUAAAGAUUUUCGAGAUUGAAGGAGAAACGCAUCGGCUGAUCGAGACACUCAAGGGACACGAAGGCGCGGUGUGGUGUGUUGUAUGGGCACACCCGAAAUUUGGCACGAUUCUGGCAUCCUCUUCCUAUGAUGGAAAGGUGCUCAUCUGGCGCGAGCAACAUCAGACCUCGACAUCACCUGCGAGCGGCAGUGCCUGGACGAAAGUUUUCGACUUUUCCCUUCACACUGCCUCUGUGAACAUGGUCUCAUGGGCCCCUCAUGAGAGCGGAUGUCUCCUUGCCUGUGCCUCCUCCGACGGGCACGUCAGUGUUCUCGAGUUCCGUGACAACAGUUGGACCCACCAAAUUUUCCACGCUCACGGGAUGGGAGUUAAUGCCAUCAGCUGGGCCCCUGCGUCCUCCCCGGGUAGUCUGAUCAGCUCCAACCCUGGUCCUGGACAGCAGCGAAGAUUCGUCACUGGAGGAAGUGAUAACCUGGUUAAGAUCUGGGAUUACAACCCCGAAACCAAGACCUACAAUGCCACUCAAACUCUCGAGGGCCACACCGACUGGGUCCGCGAUGUCUCUUGGUCACCAAGCAUCCUGUCAAAGUCAUACAUCGCCUCUGCCUCACAGGACAAGACGGUCCGCAUCUGGACGUCUGAUGUAGCCAACCCUGGGCAGUGGGUCAGCCAGGUGCUGGAGUUUGAUACUGUCUUGUGGCGGGUUAGCUGGAGCCUGAGCGGAAACAUCCUUGCCGUGAGUGGAGGAGACAAUAAGGUCAGCUUGUGGAAGGAGAACCUUAAGGGCCAGUGGGAGAAGGUGAAGGAUAUUGAAGAAUAAGUCAGUCGGUCCACCGGGAGAG